AAGACGACAGCUUCUCUCUCUCUCCAUCGGGGUCGCUCGAAUCCAAUCGAACCCACCCCACCCUCAAUAUGGCUCAGGAGUCUCCCUCCGAAACCCUAGAUUACCCCGAUCCUCAACCUCACUCUCCCACUUCUUCCUCCUCCGAUCCCUCUCUCUCCCGCAGCGGAUCCUUCAGCCGCCUCAACGCCCGCGCUCCCGAGUUCGUCCCCACCCCCCGCGCCUCCUCCCCUCGCCCCGAUCUCCACCCUCCCCCUCCCCCUCCUCCCCAGCACCGCCUCUCCAUCCCCCCUCCCCACCACGUCUAUCCCCCCAGCCCCAACUCUCCCUUCCACUUGCUCCCGAUGCAGAACCAUUUCCCCCAUCCCCAGUAUCACCCCCAUCACCACCACCAGCAGCCUCCGCCUCCGCCUCCUCAUCCUCACAAUCAGUACUACGGUGCAGAUCAAGACUCGGUCGUGCACAAGGGACGCGCCGAUCAUCCCCCUAAUCCCAACCACAAUCUUCACCAGCAUCAGCCCAAGCACAAGCACAAGCAAGCUCCGGCUGAGCAGGAUCAGGGCGCCCCCUCCAAAAACGGCAUCUCCGAUGAAGCCGUGCAGAAGGUUCUUAAUCAGGUUGAGUAUUACUUCAGUGAUAUAAACUUGGCUACGACUGACCACCUGAUGAGGUUCAUCAGCAAAGAUCCUGAAGGAUAUGUACCAAUAUCCGUUGUUGCUUCCUUCAAGAAGAUCAAAGCCCUCAUCACUAGCAAUGCCCAGCUUUCUUCUGUUUUGCAGAACUCGUCAAAACUCGUAGUUAGUGAAGAUGGGAAGAAAGUUAAACGGCGGUAUCCUUUGACUGACUCAGACAUGGAGGAGCUGCAAUCACGAGUUGUCAUUGCAGAAAACCUACCAGAGGAUCAUUGCCACCAGAACCUCAUGAAACUUUUCUCUGCAGUUGGAAGUGUGAAGGCAAUUCGUACCUGUCCGCCUCAAGCUUCCAAUGGUGUAGCCUCUUCAGCACCCAGAUCAGGAAAGGCUGAUGGCAUGCAUUAUACUAACAAGUUGCAUGCUUUUGUGGAAUAUGAAUCCAUUGAUGUAGCCGAUAAAGCAGUUGAAGAGCUAAAUGAUGAGGGGAACUGGAGAAGUGGCCUAAGGGUCCGUUUAAUGCAUAGACGCGGGUCAAAACCCUCUCAAGCACGGGGAAAGAAGGGACAUGAUGGAGAAGAACCCUGGGAAGAAGAAGAUGCUUCUAUAUCCGAGCAACAACCAUCUGAGAAACAACUUGAAGAGUCUUUUGAGCAAUCUGAUGCUCAGUUCCAGGGGAAUAUGGGGGAGGAGAAUGCCACCGAUAAAGAGGGUGGGCAAAGGAGAGGGCGGGGCCGUGGCCGGGGAAGAGGACGUGGAAGAGGUCAAUACCAUCAGAAUAAUCGGGGAAAUCAUUUGGGGGCACCUUCUAUGAACAAUCUUGCUGGUAACGAGACUGCGACUGUGGCUAAGCAGCCUCCGGGACCUCGCAUGCCAGAUGGAACGAGAGGAUUCACGAUGGGUCGUGGGAAGUCAGUCUCAGUUAGUACUACAUGACUACGUUACACGAUUGAAUUUUCAACUGGGAUUCACCAAAUUGCAAUAUUAGAGGGAUCAGUAGUCGUCGUCGUCGUCUUGUGUGUGGUGUUUGAGGGCUAUCAAUACAUGUGAGCUCACGCCAGGGGGUAGUUACUAAGGAUAUGUUCUACUACAAAGCUUCUCUCAUAUUUUUGGAGACGAUGUACCGGUCCAGAACUACUUUAUAUUCCUUUUCUCGGGUUUUUAUCAUGUAGAAAGGAAAAUACAUAAGCAAAAAAAAAAAAAAAAAAAAAAAAGGGAGAAGUGAAAAGGAGAAAAACAGUCCAUGGAACUUUACAUAGCAAUAUAAUGGUUUGCGGAAUGGUGUACCUGA